GAAGUGACGGGGAUGCGUGUCACCGAUUUCCGGUCGGUUGGUAAGGACAUCCGUGGAGAUUCACAGCUCGGGGCGGAAUAGUUUUGCGGUGAAGACCAGACGGCGGGAGAGCAAAGCGAUAACGUGAAGCUUGCAGAAGAUGUUUACUAAGAGAAUUAGUGACAACUGAGCUGCCAAGAUGUGUGCUGCCUGUCCACCCCAAUCUCCUGCAGUGGCCAAGACAGAAAUCAUGUUGGAUGGAGACUCGCCAUUGCUGGCUGCUACUUUUGCUUACUGGGACAAUAUUCUUGGUCCGAGAGUCAGACACAUUUGGGCGCCGAAAUUUGAGCAGUUGCUGCUGAGUGAUGGGGAAAUAACAUUUUUGGCCAACCACACUUUAAAUGGAGAGAUCCUGCGGAGUGCCAAAAGUGGUGCUAUCGAUGUGAAAUUUUUUGUGCUCUCAGAAAAAGGAGUAAUCAUAAUCUCAUUGAUAUUUGAUGGUAACAUGAAUGGGGACCGCAGCACUUAUGCUCUGUCAGUGAUACUGCCUCAAACUGAACUGGGUUUCUACCUACCUCUGCACAGAUUAUGUGUAGAUCGACUAACACACAUCAUUAGAAAAGGACGCAUAUGGAUGUACAAGGGCCAGAGCAUUAUUUCUUUUUUAACUACAGAAAUCACACCCAUCAUGGAAUUAUUUUCAUCUAUGAAAACACACGGAGUCCCACAAGAAGUUCAAAUUAAGGAUACUGUUUUGAAUGAUGAUGACAUUGGUGACAGUUGCCACGAAGAUUUUCUGCAUAAGGCGAUUAGUUCCCAUCUGCAGACAUGUGGAUGUUCUGUGGUUGUCGGAAGCAAUCCACUAAAAGUAAACAAGAUGGUUCGUACGCUGUGCCUUUUCUUGACUCCAACGGAACGGAAGUGCUCACGACUUGCUAAUACUAGUGGUUCUUUCAAAUAUAAUUCGGGACUCUUUGUUCAGGGCCUGUUAAAGGAUUCUACUGGUAGUUUUGUGCUGCCUUAUCGUCAGAUUAUGUAUGCUCCAUACCCAACCACGCACAUUGAUGUUGAUGUUAACACAGUGAUGCAGAUGGCCCCAUGCCAUGAACAUAUAUAUAACCAGCAGAAUUAUAUGAGUAUGGAACUUGUCACACUUCAGAAGACUGCAUCAGAAGAUGUCGAAAUUCCUGAUACCUUAAUUCAUAUGGAUGAAGGUUUUACCCCUAAUCUGAAUAUUUUCCAGGAUGUGAUGAAUCGAGACACGUUAGUCAAGUCGUUUUUAGAUCAGAUAUUUCAGCUCGAGUCUGGUUUGUCCCUCAGGAACGUUUUCUUGGCACAAUUUCUUCUUGUACUUCACAGAAAAGCCCAGACAGUGAUAAAAUACAUAGAAGAUGAAACCCAGAGGGGUAAGAAGCCUUUCAAAUCCUUACGCAACCUGAAAGUUGACCUUGACCUUACAGUGGAAGGUGACUUGAGUAUUAUAAUGGCCAUGGCUGAGAAAUUGAAACCAGGCCUCCAUUCAUUUAUCUUCGGGAAAUCUUUCCAUACAAGCGUACAAGAACGCGAUGUACUAAUGUCACUUUAGAGAGAAAUUAUGUACAGAAAAAUUAUCUAAAUUGUAUUUUACAUUAAUGUGAAUAAUUUAUUUCUUGGAAAAGUUUAUUUGUUACUUGUUAAAAUCAAUGUCCUAUAACCAUAAAGGGUACAGAAGUUAUACUCCAUGCAAUGAUGUUUAAACAAGUUAGGAAAUAAAUGUAUUUGUUGCCUCAAGUUCACAGCAUUUACUUUUGCUGGUAUAUUUGUUCACAGUCUAUUUUCACUCAAAACAUUGUUUCUGUAUUUGCUUAGCAUUUCUAAAUGAAUCUUACCUACUACAUACUUUAAGAAUUUUUAUUGGAAAUUACUUAGUUACAAUAAUUCCAUCAAUACUCAAUUAUUAAUGAUGUUUGCUUCAAUCAUAACAUACAAGACAUGCCACCACAUCCACAUCUGUGUAGCUUAGUGUUUUCUUUGCCAUGUAAUGAAUCUCAAAUUACUUGAGCCUGGUUUGCCAUUGAAUUGGAUUGUGCGAGACCUAUAUCUACUUUUACUUGAGGAUUCAGGAAUUACAACUAAGCCAAAUUUGCUCCAUUUCCCUCCUCUGCCCUGAACAAGGAGGCUCCCAAACAUCCUUCAACAUUUCCAUUUAAAUUAAACUCACAAGUCAUCACUCUCACAAUAACACUGCUGUCCAACUAUUUUCAAAGAUGUUGCUACACGAAAAUAAUAUAUAUAUAAAUGCAAAUUGUUGUUAUAAUUGGGUUUUGUGGAUAUUGGUACUUAUUGUUUGCAUCUAAGAAAGCCAGCACAAAGAUCUGGUCAUCUCUGAUGUGGACAAUCUUUUUUUAAGCAUGUUACAAGUCAGCUCAAAGGGAUCCCUAGUGAGAGUAGCUAUGAUGUAUUUACGCUGGCUGGAUAUCAAAUAAACAAUUUGGAGGUAGCAAAUAGAAAGAAAGAAAGCACAAUAUUUAGCUAAUGUUCAAAGCAUUUUCUUGGGCAUUGAGGUCAUUAAGGAACGAUAACUUCAGCAUUUAAUCUUUUAACUUUUUUAGUGUUCUAAAUUAUAUGUGUGAGAGGCACAUUUUUAAGGUAACAUAAUUACAUUUUGACACGAAUCCCUUAUGAUAAAUAGAGACUUUAUGUAUUUUUUGACAGGACUACUUCAUGAAUAUCUGAUUUUAUUUUUUACAUUUCAACUAUUUUCCCUUGAUUUCAAUGAACGAGGCAAAAGAUUCCCAAACUUGAAGAUCAGUUUCAGAGAUCGCAUAUUAUGAAAGAUUUGUUAUACAACUGCAUAAUCCAAUCUAGGAGUAUUGUUGAGAAUAAAUGUAUUUUAAAAAUAAAAUUCAAAAAUGUAAUGUU